GAUUUGUCAUCUCUGUUUGAUAUUAAAAUCCGCCGUCGUCGUUUCUAUUCUAACAUGGCCGCAUGUUAGUUACUGAAUUUUCUUUAUUGUUUGCCAACGAACGUAAAAGAUUUAGUAGUGGUGUUUGGUUAAAAAAUAUCAACUGCUGUUAGAAAAUAUUAAAAACACUACUAAGUCCUUUUUCAAUUUCUAUCUUACAUUCAGUUGACACCGGUUUUUAAGGUGUACUCCCAAAGUGAUAUUUGAACAAAUUAGAAUAUUCUAUUCUUUUAAUUUUUUUAUUUAACAUAUCAUGCUUCAGGAACAUCACAUGAAUCAAAACGGUAUGCAAAGGAAUCCAAGGAUGGGGAUGCAGCAAAUGGGACCACCCCCUAAUCAAAGAACUCCCAUGAUUAUGGCUCCCGGGGUACUUGUAUCGAUGCCUCCUGGUCCUGGACCGGCCUUGAUAACAACUACUUCAAUUCCACAGCAGCUACAAUCUCAACCAAAGCCAAUGCAGCAACAGCCCCAAGUUUACCAUUAUGAAGCUGCCCCUACACAACCACCACAACAUACACAACAAAGCGAUGCAGAUCAUCAGCAACACCCUCAACAGCAACAACACCCAAAUACUCAAGAUCAACCCCAAAUGACCCACAAUAGUCCAAACACUAAUACUUCUUCUGCACCUAAUCCCCCUUUGGCAAACAUAAAAGAAAAAACGCCCAUGUGCUUGGUAAAUGAAUUAGCAAGGUUCAAUAAAAUUCAACAUCAGUAUCGUCUGACUGGAGAACAGGGCCCAGCACACAAAAAGACUUUCACAGUAACCUUAAAACUUGGAAAGGAAGAAUAUGAAGCAGAAGGGCCCAGCAUCAAAAAAGCUCAACACUCAGCCGCUGCUAAAGCAUUGACCAAGACUGAACUGAAGCAUCCACCAGCCAAAACAAUCAUUAAUAGAUCUGGCAAUCGACAGUCUAACCCUGGUGUAGUCACUCCUACUGUGGAACUAAAUGCCCUGGCCAUGAAGAGAGGUGAAAGAGCAGUGUAUGUUGUAGAGAGCGGAGCUCCAUCACAUCAGGGUUAUCUGAAUCAGCCAGGCUAUUUUCCAAGACACAGUUUGAAUUAUCCACAGGCCCAACCGAGGUAUGGCUAUGAUACGCGGCGAAACAUCAGAGGCUACUCAUAUGACAACCGCUACUAUGGUCAGUAUAGACCGGGGGUUCCUCACCACAGCCAGGGAGAUCCUUACACCGUGCGGUUGCGUGUAGGCGAGCGAGAGUACCCAGGUACUCAAUUUGGGCACGGCGCUACAGUUCAAGCUGCUAGGCACGACGCUGCUUCAAAAGCCAUCGACCACAUCAAGCAAUUGGGUGGGGUGGAUGGUACUGACAGCACCAAUGAGAAUGGGCAAAUAAGUGACCAAACAGCAAGCAGUUUACCCAAUGACCUCAACUCGGAAUUAAAAUCGCCCAUUUCAUUGGUGUACGAAAUUGCCUUGAAACGCAAUUUGAACGUCAUCUUCGAAGUUCUCAGCGAAAAAGGUCCGCCUCAUAUGAAAGUGUUUGCCACGCAGUGCAGAGUGGGGAACUUCGUGGCUGAUGGUGAAGGAAAUGGAAAGAAGAUUUCGAAGAAGAAAGCUGCUGAAAGAAUGCUGGAGGAACUAUCCAAGCUGCCACCAUUGCCUAACAUGAAUAGCCUCACACAAAUAAAGCGCAAACGCAUCACAAACAAGAAGAAAACCAGAAAUCUCAUCAAACAGGUUAAUAUGGACAAGCCCUCCGAAACGACGGAUGAAAUAAAUCCGAUAUCGCGGUUAAUCCAGAUCCAACAAGCAAAUAAAGAAAGAGAGCCAGUUUAUACAGUUUUAGAGGAACGUGGAGCACCUCGUCGUAGGGAGUUCGUCAUAGAAGCUUCUGUGAAUGGUCAUUCUUGCUCCGGAGUCGGUCCAAAUAAAAAGGUGGCCAAACGUAAUGCAGCUGAUGCACUUCUUGCAGAGCUCGGUUACAACAAUACGAAACCAUUACAAGCGAAAAACAAAGAUGAACAAGGCUUGAACCAGAGUGAUAAGAACAGGAAAGUGACCUUUGUCGAAGAGAAACACGAUCCUCAACCGGCUCAGAACAUAGGUGGGAGCGGAGGGCGCCAGCUCGUACCGGGAGUUCUUCUUGUCACUGAACAGAACGCCGGUUUCAGCAAGCCAAAGAUCGACAACAUGGAGCCCCCAAAGCCUGUCCAGCCCACUCAGCUAAAGAACCCGCCUUCUGGCGUUCGGUCAAAGGAUCAGCUCUUAUAUUUAGCACAGUUGAUGAAUAUUCAGGUUCAUUUUUCUGAUUUCCCUAAGGCUAAUCACGAGAUGUAUUUAACACUGGUGUCCUUAACAACCAAUCCGCCUCAGGUGUGUCACGGUGAAGGUCCAAGCAUUGAAAACUCCCACGAGAAGGCUGCUCUGGAAGCUCUCAAAGUUUUGUCUGAAUUGGGCCUCGACAUAGCCCCAAAUAAAGACGCCAACUCGCAAAAUAACGAUUAAACGAUGCGGUGGUUACUUUUUUCAAACUUGUUCCCUAUUCUCAGGAUAUAUCGUCUUUUUUUCGCGUGUUAUUUUAGUAUUUUUUGCGUGCCGAUAGUGCAGAUGUCACUUAAUCCCAUUUUUUCGACAAAGUAUUAAUGUCGAUGUAUUUUUAAAAAUGUGUCUAAAAAUAAAUGUAUUCGCUGUUAGUAUUCUUGACUCUGAUGCAGUUUUUAAAAUUCCGACAUCUCGCAAAUAAAUCUAGUUAAAUUUGAGAUUAAG